AAAAUUUAAAUGAUAAUUAAAACCCAAAAAGAUGCAUAUUUGUUUCAUGUUUAUACAUAGGAAGCAUGAUCGCCACGUCACCUCUAAUCAUCCGUGCUACCCGAGGUGAGUUCAUCAAAACCCACCGCUUGGCCGGCCGACGCUCCCAAAACCGCCUUCCAUAAGUCGCAUGCGCUCCCUGCGCAUGGCUGCUGCGUUCCACGCCGUCUACGCUAACCUGCGCACGCCCUCUCAGCGCACUCUGCUAGUCGCACCCGCGGUGUUUCCCGAGAGCAGAUCCCUCACCUUCCCGGCCAGAUCCAAGACUUUGAUCACUGCAGUUGCCGCCGACCGCAAGAGUUUUGGCUGCAAAGCGGCGUCGUCCACAGCGGGGAUGGCGGCGGAGAAAGGGAAGCUGAAGGAGGAGAUAUUCGAUUCGGAGGAGGAGCUGGCGGUGGCUCUAGCCAAAUACACCGCCGAGUUAUCGAAGAAGUUCACAGCGGAGCGAGGAGCUUUUACGGUCGUUCUCUCAGGGGGGUCUCUUAUCAAGUCUCUAAGGAAAUUGGUUGAACCUCCAUACAUCGAUUCAGUUGAGUGGGCAAGAUGGCAUGUAUUCUGGGUGGAUGAGAGAGUUGUUCCCAAGGAUCACGAGGAUAGCAACUAUAAAUUGGCUUAUGAUGGUUUCCUCUCGAAGGUACCCAUUCUACCUGGGCAUGUUUAUGCUAUCAACGAUGCACUUCCAGCAGAGGGUGCUGCAGAUGAUUAUGAGACCUGUCUCAGACACUUGGUUAAGAACAGUGUUAUUGAUUUAUCGGCAGCCAGUGGGUUUCCUAAAUUUGAUCUAAUGCUAAUGGGAAUGGGCCCAGACGGGCAUGUAGCCUCUCUUUUCCCAGGGCAUCCUCUUGUCCGUGAGAAGGAGAAAUGGGUUACCUUCAUUGCGGACUCCCCUAAACCUCCUCCCACGAGAAUUUCUUUUACCUUUCCUGUGAUCAACUCAUCCUCCUAUAUCGCAAUGGUUGUGGCUGGAGCUGGUAAGGCCAAUCCUGUGCAAAUUGCCCUGCGUAAUGGCCAGAAUUCUGAUUUGCUGCCUGUUCAAAUGGUUUUGCCCGAGGGAGAAAUGACUUGGUUUCUUGAUAAGGAUGCAGCUUCGAAGCUGUAGGACUGAGCAUCUCUAUUACUGAAUGUGUUGCUCUCUAUAACUGCAUGUGUUGAUCCGUGUAAUAGGUCAGUGUAUCUAUUUUGUGUUGCGUGGCUUGUUUUGAGAUCCUAUGGUUGCCCCAGAAGCUUUUGUAUGAUCUCAUUGACAGCCACUGAGUAGAAAAGUUUCUUUGUUUGCCUAUUUGCUAAGUUGGCAACAGAAACGAUAUGAAUAAAUUGAACUUUGUUGCA